UUUGUUUCUAGUCUAUAGUGAUCUGUGGUUCGAGGUAUCCGGCGCAGGCGUCGAUCUGUUUCAAUUUCAAAAUAUAACGAGAUAAAAGUAAUAACUCAAAUAAUGGCAAGUGAUAUUACCCACUCGUAUACCUACGAAGAUAACGAGUAUAAAUACAUGCACGUGUCUGUGUCUUUGUCAUUGAGGAGAAAGAUCCCAAAGGACCGACUGAUGACGGAGACGGAGUGGCGGUUCUUGGGCGUGAUGCUGCCUGCUGGAUGGGAGCAUUAUAUGAUACACCGCCCAGAGCCGCACAUACUGCUGUUCAGGUGCAAGAAGAAUAAAUAGCUUCAAGGUUGCAUUUUUUUUCAAGCUCCUCAAAUAGAAGAAUUAGAACUAAAUUACUGAAGUCAUUUUUUUUUAGUUUUUUAAUUUUUUGUGUUUUUUGUAUGUUUUUUUAAAUGUUUGUUACAUAAGAUUAUUUUUUUUAUAUAAGAGUAUAUUUCCAGAGUAGCCCCAUUUAAUUUUCGCGAAAAUCGGUUCAGUAAUUUUGUGUUAAAAUCAAAAUAACUUAUUAUCAAAAUUGCCCAUACUGUGGUGUUUAUGGUCACUAUGCUAGUACACACUAAAAACAGAAAAUAAAAUCUUUAAAAAAUUUUAAGAAUAAAAUUUUUGGUAAACGAUUUUAUUGUUGACUGGCAUCUUGCUGAAAUUACUGAACAAAUUCAAAAAUUUACAAUUCUUUUUGGUAAAAAAUUCCAAAAAUCGUUGUAAAUUCAAAACUUGUCACAAUUUGAGACCAUAAUAUGAAAGAGGUUUUCGCCAAAAUUAAAUUACAAGAGGGUGAAACAGGGCUUGAAAGUUCGUAUGGAAAGUCCUUCAAGUAACAUUUGUAAAAAUGUGUUGUAAAAAACUACAAAAAAAUACUACAGGGUUAAAAAGUUUUUUUUUUUAAUUUAUAUUAAAUGUUCUAAGUUUUAAGUUAUAGUUAUGUUAUGUGAUUUUAGUGAACUAUUUAUUAUAACAUGUAAAACGUGCGGAAAUAUAAAUAGAAGGGAGUGAAGUAGUAUAGGGGUUAUGAACUUUAAAUAUAGAAGACUUACUUAGUUAUUUUACCUAUUUUUUACAAAGUUUUAAAUUGUAAGAUAACACUUAACUAGAUUUAUAUGAAAACAACAAUUUCUGUGAUUAAUUCUCAUAGGAUUAAGUUACAAUAUUUUUGAAGAUACUCGUAGUUAAGGAAGGUUACUUCGCUCUCACUUCUGGAGAAACUUGUGCCAUGGGACCAUAGAAAUUGUGAUUUUAAAGCUGUGUAUAUUUAGGGGCUAUAUAAACAGUUAUUUUAUAUUUGAGAGUAUAUCAGUUUGUUAUGCAUGUGAUAAUAGCGUAAAUAAAUAUAUUGCUUACUAAAAAACUUUUUAUUUA